GCAAGUGACAGAGUCAUUGGCAACAUUGACAAGGAAGGAGCCCAACUGCUGCAAUUCCAAAACAGAAGAGAGAAGACGAGCAGGUAUUAUCUGCUAUGGUACGCCAGCACCGCCCAGCGCACUUUAGCUCAGCCAUCAAUUCCGGCCCGGAGCACCAAUUCGUUCGCAAUUCCAAUGUGCAAAACGAAGAAGAGCACAGACGCGAUCGAACCCAAGAGAGCGGAUUCCAAACCCCGCAAGUCCUUUAAUUCCUCGUUCUCUUCGAUCCCAGACCUGCCCGCCAACAAUUCCACUAGCACCACCAACUUCCCCAACACCGGUUCCAGCGACAAUAUCAAGAACUACUCCUCCAAGUCCUCGGUCUCAAGCCGAGCGUCUCUGUCUAGCCUCAAGGACUCGCUUCCUGAAAACCCUCACGUCUACGAGCUCUCCGAAAUCCGCGCCGCCACCAACAACUUCAAGGCCAAUAAAUUCUCCUCCUCGUCCUCCUCCCGAUGGCGCUGCUCCCUUCGGAGCAAGGAGGUCAUCGUCUUCCAGCGGAAGCUCCGCCGUCCAAUGGAAUUGCCAGAGCUGCAGGACCGGGUGUUAAUGAUCGGCCGGAGCCACCACAGCAGCUUGGUCAAGCUCCUCGGCGCGUCGAUCUCCGGGAAUUACAUUUACCUCGUGUACGAAUUUGUCGACGGCGCGAACCUCGCGGAGUGCCUCCGGAACCCAAAAAACCCUAGCUUCACAGUCCUCUCCACCUGGCUCUCGCGCAUGCAGGUCGCCACGGACCUCGCGCACGGCCUCGAGUACAUCCAACAUUGCACGGGGCUGAGCUCAGGCUUCGUCCACAACCACAUCAAGAGCUCCAGCGUCAUCGUCACGGGCGAGUCUCUAAACGCGAAGAUCUGCCACUUCGGCACCGCGGAGCUGUGCGGAGAAAUUUCCGAAAGCCAGAGCUCCGAUUCAGCAAAAUUGAAAAGAUCGAACAGUCGAGGAAUGAAGGUCGAGGGGACGAGAGGGUACAUGGCGCCGGAGUUUCAGUCCACUGGCAUCGCCUCGCAGAAGAGCGAUGUGUACGCGUUUGGUGUGGUGGUAUUGGAGCUCUUGUCGGGAGAGGAGGCGCUCAAGUAUAGCUUUGAGGAGGAGGGUGGUGGGUAUAGGAGGGUGAGCGUGAUUGACACGGCUCGUGAGGUGAUGGUGGAUGGCGGUGGUGAUGGGGUGGUGAGGAGGUGGGUGGAUAGGAGGCUGAGGGACUCGUACCCGGUGGAGGUGGCGGAGAGGAUGGUGCGGUUGGGGCUGGACUGCGUGGAGGAGGAUCCGGAUAAGCGGCCCGAUAUGGGUCGGGUCGCGCUUUUGGUUUCCAAGUUGUAUAUGGAAUCUCAGCAAUGGGCGGAGCGGAUCGGCAUCCCCACGGACUUCUCGGUUUCGAUGGCCCCUCGAUGACGUCCGUUGAUUGUCACAGACUGGUAGAAUUAAUUUUUUGUUUUGAUUUUUUUUGAAAUAUUAUUUUAUAGGUUUUAGAGUUUUUUGUUAAUUCUUUUUAAAUACACUUUAAGGAUGUUGACAGAAGCUUACGAAUGUUGUAUAUAAUAACACUAAACGAGAACUGUUUUUGAGGCGUA